CCAUUUAUCAUUUUCUCCAUAACUUUUCUCAUCCCUUUAAAAUCCCCUUUUUCAUAUUGAUUUUCUUACAGCUUUGUUCCGUUGUUGGAUAUUUCUCUUUUGUGUGUGUGUGUUGGAUAAACAUCAAAUAUUUUCCUCUGUGUCCUCCCUGUUCUCUCUCUCUCUCUCUCUCUCUCUGGCUCCUCAACCCUCAGUCCCUCCUCUCCCACCCACCCCAGUUUCUAAUUGGACUUUAUUACCAUUUCCCUUCAGUUUUUUCCCAGCCAGACUCUCUGGUUGGGUUAAACAGCUUUCACCGGAUUCUCAUCAACACUCACAAACAUCAGCAGCAGCAGCAGCAGCAGCAGACUUCACUAGUGACGACUUCACUAUCCUCAUCUGCCCUGACACUGCAAUGACCUCACUCAGGCUUGUGCCCCUGCUGCACUCCCUCCUCAUCCUCCAAGCCCAUGUUUCUAACCAGUUAGAAGACAACAAGAUCCCUCCCAGUCUGUGCACUGGUCAGCCUGGUAUCCCGGGGACUCCUGGAGGUCAUGGCAGCCCUGGUCAACCAGGGAGAGACGGGAGGGACGGGAGAGAUGCUGCCCCAGGAGAGAAGGGAGAAAAGGGUGACAGAGGAGACACAGGUGAGACAGGCGUGCGAGGCAUAACUGGGGACAGAGGUGACCCAGGAGUAAAAGGGGAGAGGGGGCAGCCAGGGGAGUGUGCAGUGGCCCCUAAAUCAGCCUUCAGUGCCAAAUUAUCUGAGGGCCGCACUUUACCCAUCACUGUGGGCGACGUGGUCCGCUUCGACAAGAUCGUGCUCAACGAACAGGGUGACUACAACACAGAGACCGGACGCUUCACCUGCAAAGUCCCUGGAGUUUACUACUUUGCCGUCCACGCCACAGUUUACCGUUCCAGCCUGCAGUUUGACCUGAUGAAAAACGCACACGCGGUGGCAUCUUAUUUUCAGUUCUACGGCAACUGGCCCAAACCAGCGUCUCUGUCAGGCGGCUCUCUGCUCCACCUCAUUCCUGGUGACCAGGUGUGGGUCCAGAUGGCUCUGUCAGAGUACAAUGGAUUUUAUUCCAGCACCAAGACAGACAGCACCUUCACCGGCUUCUUGGUGUACUCGGACUGGAAAAACUCUGCUGUUUUUGCAUGACAUGUGCUUAUGAACAAAACAAAAGUCAUAUUCCACUUUGGAAAAUGAACCACAACCUUUUUUUAAAAAUUUUUUGUGGCUUUUUUCAGUUUUCUAAUUGAAUAGUUCUGGAUAAAGAAAAGUGAAUAAGAUGUGAUGUGGUACAUCUGUAUUUGUGUAAGAAGUCCAACACACACCAGACAAUGUUACUUGAAUGGCACAUACCGUACUGGUGAAGCGUGUGGUACAUACACACGAGCAGUCAUGUUUAUUCAGCGUCUGUUCUUCGGUUGCAGCCUUUGAACUUCUAUGACAUUUAAUUCUUGUAACAGAUGUUGUGACAACGGCCUCCAGCCAACUCCACCGCAGCCACAAAUUCAAACAGCCUCUAUGCUUUUAUUGCACUUUUGUUUCCCGUCACUUUCUGCACAGCGAACAUGAAAAAAUGAAUAAAUCAUCACAGUUUUUAAAA